AUGUUUGUAGUGAACCCAAGACAAACUGCUACUGCGUUUGAGUUUACCGUAGAUAAGAUUAGCUCCAGACCGGGUCGACCACCGAAACGAGCCUCCGGAGUUGGUCUUUCGCUGGCCGCUUCGCCCUUCCCAGGACACCCCUUCAAGAAGCACCGUCUAGAGAAUGGAGACUAUUCGCCUUAUGAAAAUGGUCAUAUGAGUGUUGAUGAAACACAUGGCACAAACACGCCAAGAAAAUCCGUGUACGUACAGCACACACGCGUAGGCGGUGCGCCUGUGGGUGGCCCAUUUUCACCCCGUGAAAUAAUAGGAUAG